AUGGUCGCAGUCAGCAGGGAGAACGUGCCGAUCGACGACGACGGCGUGGUCGUAGUCAGCAGGGAGAACGCCACGCUCCCGCGGCGGCUGGUGCCGACGCCUGAGCCCGAGGCUGAGGCUGCGCCCGAGCCUGAGGCUCGCAGAGGCCGCUCGACGUCUGGGCCCAGGCGGACCCGAGCCUCUCGUCGGUCGAGGUCGGCAGAUGUCACGUUCGAGGAGAGCGAGGUCGAGGAGGGCACGGACACGGAGGACUCGGCGGCGAUGCAGCCACUAGGGGUGUUGCUUGCGCUCCCUGAGGAGGCCAGGGCGCACCCUUCAUGGCUGGAGCCGCCUUGCACUGAAGAAGCAGUGCAGGUGCACAGGAGGUAUCUUCGUCGCCUGGCCAUCGCCUCCGCCAAGAAGCUGCGUGCAAGUCGGCAGCUUGGGCGCCCUGAGAGUGUGGCCAACGAUUUGGCGCAGGAAUAUGCAGUCCUCAUGACCAUGAUCAUAGUGUGCAGAUCGCCGACGACCAGGCUCCAGCGCCAGCGUGCCUUUGUGGAGCGGGCCGAGAAGAGGAUGAAACGGGCGCAGGACGACGUCAGGCGCGUCCCGCGGCAGAGCUACAGGCAGAUGUCGAUGGCGGGCAUGGUGUGCCUGUGCCAGAGUGUGAACUUGCUCGAUGGGCGCGUGAUCGGCCUGCCGGAGAACAUCGCGGCGUCGGCGAUGCUCGGGCAGUGCGCCCCGUCGACCCGCCUGCGGCCAGGCGGCUCGGCCGCAGAUGUGACCGACGACGGCUCCGCGUCGGAGUUCAUGUGGUAUUUCGAGAAGACCAGGGGGUUCGCGUUCGUGGUGUACCUGAGCCUCGCCGGGGUGCCAGUGUCCUUGUGA